AUAUUUAACGGUAUAUUUCAAUGCACAAACUCCAACAAAAUUAUGUGAAUAUUUUCAUAUGAGAGGGAUAAGGGAUAGUGGAAUUUGCCCUAAAUUCAUCAUUCGAAUUGAAGAGAUAAAAUAUUGAUUACUUUAAUCUCAAAAAUUUGUAACUCGAGAGAGAGUUAGCAAGAGACCAAAUGGCUACCUUACUAAUUCUGCUCUUGUUUCUCGAUCUCUCGGCAGGACUCAGAGCAGGAGCAGCAGCAACAGGACGUGAGGAUUGCAAGCCAAAAUGGUGCAAUAGCCACGGCCCAGAGAUACGGCCCCCAUUCUGGCUAAAGGACAAUGAGCAGCAGCAGCAGCAGCAGCCACCAGAACACUGUGGCUAUCCUGGCUUCGAUCUUUCUUGUGAUCAUGAAAACCUCACUAUGCUUGAGCUUCCAUUCUCUGUUAAAGUAGCAGUCAAAGAAAUCGACUACAUGUCUCGGUUGAUACACACAUAUAUAUAUGACCCUCCUCAUGACUGCUUUCCUUACCUGCUUCAAAACCUCAGCUUGUCUCCUACUACCUCUCCCUUCCAACUGGCAACGGAUUACAACUAUAAUUAUAGCUUUUUCAGUUGCUCCUCAACUAAGCCAAUCUCAUACAUACCGAUCACUUGUCUUAGUAGUGACCCCAAUCACAAAGUUUAUGCCUUUCGGUCGGACGAUUUUAUGUUCUAUUAUACCUUAUUAUCUUGCAAAAAGAUGUCCUUUAAGAUUUCAUCGCCAAUUCCAUCUGGCAUAUUUGGCCCGCAGCCAUAUGAGCUUAUACUGAAAUGGUACACACCGCCAAUUCCACAGUCACGAACUACAGCUCAUUGAUUUAUAUAUGUAUGUAGGUGAUCAAGUGCAAGAGCGGACUGAAUGACGUCAACCUAAACUCUGUUUUUUAAAGCCAAAUACCGUGCCUCACCGCGAGGUUCCAAACUGUCAAGCGUCAAGGCUUUUUGGGUGGUUCAGAGUUCACCCUUUAGAAAUUGUUUAUGACUAGUUUUAUUUUGUUAAUGGGAUUUAAUUCCUAAGUCAUGAUUAUGUUUUGUGUACCUAAGCUUGACAUGGACGUAUGUAUAUAUGUCUAUAUACUGGUUUGUUUUAUUCCAUUUAAGUCUGCAUAGCUCAUUGGAUAUUAUAUUUUAUUAAUUAUUGGCUU